CAGCUUCCCGAAGAAGCACAGAGUUCAGUUGCCGCUCCUAUCUCCGGGAAAACGCUUAUCCGAAAGCUACCGGUAUCAAUUUUGAAGAUGAUUACAUGAAACGGAGGUCGUUAGGGGAGUGUACAGUGUGAGAUGUUGCCCUAUCCAUUCCUCCUUUUCGCCCUAACUUGUACGAUUAAGCAUGUCCUGUCGAAUCCUGACGCCAAGCGGUUGUACGAUGAUCUUCUCAGCAAUUACAACAGGUUAAUAAGACCAGUUAGCAAUAAUACCGAUACCGUUCUCGUUAAACUUGGAUUAAGAUUAUCUCAAUUGAUAGAAUUAAAUUUAAAAGAUCAAAUUUUAACUACUAACGUUUGGUUGGAACAUGAAUGGACGGACCAUAAAUUUAUGUGGGACCCUAACGAGUACGGUGGAGUUACUGAAUUAUACGUUCCUUCCGAACAUAUUUGGCUUCCAGAUAUAGUACUAUAUAACAAUGCUGAUGGUGAAUAUGUAGUAACAACAAUGACCAAGGCCGUUUUAAGACAUACCGGAAAAGUUGUCUGGACACCUCCUGCCAUAUUUAAAUCUUCCUGUGAAAUAGAUGUAAGAUAUUUUCCUUUCGAUCAACAAACUUGCUUUAUGAAAUUUGGAUCAUGGACUUAUGAUGGAAAUCAGAUCGAUUUAAAACACAUCAAUCAAAAAGUGGGUGACAACAAAGUUGAAGUUGGGAUUGAUUUACGUGAAUAUUAUCCAAGUGUAGAAUGGGAUAUUCUUAGUGUACCAGCUGAGAGGCACGAAAAAUAUUAUCCCUGUUGUGUGGAACCUUACCCCGAUAUUUUCUUCAAUAUAACUCUAAGAAGAAAAACUCUUUUCUAUACAGUAAACUUAAUAGUGCCUUGCGUGGGCAUUUCGUACUUGUCGGUAUUGGUUUUUUACCUACCAGCCGAUUCUGGUGAAAAAAUUGCUCUGUGCAUCAAUAUUUUAUUGUCACAAACUAUGUUCUUCUUGCUCAUAUCGGAAAUUAUUCCUUCAACGUCACUAGCGCUGCCAUUAUUAGGAAAGUACAUCUUGUUCACCAUGGUCUUAGUAGGAUUAUCGGUUGUUAUUACAAUCAUUAUUUUAAACGUGCACUAUCGGAAACCGAGCACGCACAAAAUGGCACCUUGGGUUAGAACAGUGUUUAUUAAAAGCGUUCCAAAGUUAUUAUUAAUGAGAGUACCCAAAGAUCUCCUUACAGAACUCGCUGCCAAUAAAAUGACUGCUAAUAGAAACAUGAUUGCUAAAAGAGAAUUGGAAGCUAUGCCAUCUACGGAUUCUAGUUCAUCUUCGUCUUCAUCCAGUUCAUCAAGACAUCGAAGAAGUGGAUGUAAUGGAUUACAUUCUUCAACAACAGCUCGAAUUAGAGGGAUUACAGGAAAUUUAGGAAGGUUGGGAUAUAAUGGUUUGCCUUCGGUUUUCUCUGGUUUGGAUGAAAGCGAUUCUGGGAAUAGAAAGAAAUAUCCAUUUGAAUUAGAAAAAGCAAUACAUAAUGUAAUGUUUAUUCAGCAUCAUAUUCAAAGACAAGAUCAAUUUAAUGCGGAAGACCAAGAUUGGGGAUUCGUCGCAAUGGUAUUAGACCGUUUCUUUUUAUGGAUUUUCGUAAUCGCAUCAAUAGUUGGAACUUUCGCCAUAUUAUGCGAAGCUCCAGCUUUAUACGACGACACUAAACCCAUCGACACCGAGUUAUCCGAAGUGUAUCGUCAACAGUUUUUACCAGAAUUAGAAAAUUAUUAAAUGGUUACUUAAGUAAUAAUAAUUAAAUUAGUUUUAAUCGUAACUAAAUUUAGAUAAUCGUUAAACUUAUUAAACCAGUUAAGUUAAAAAA